AUGCGUUCCCUUUUCACAGCUCUAUGCACUUGUAUCUUCAUCUGCCUUUCAUCUGCUGCUACUAUCAAGUAUGACUGGCAUGUAAGCUGGAUCACUGCCAACCCUGACGGACUGCAACCACGUCCUGUUAUUGCCAUUAAUGGAAACUGGCCUUCUCCUGCCCUCAGGGGAAUGGUCAACGAUACACUCGAAGUAACCGUUCAUAAUGAACUUGGAAAUCAGUCACUAUCGAUGCACUGGCACGGAAUUCAUAUGACGGGUAACAAUAAAGACGAUGGAGUUCCCAUGGUGACACAAUGUCCUAUUAUCCCGGGGGCAUCAUAUACAUAUUUCAUUCAGCUCCGUCAGCCAGGGACCUACUGGUACCACAGCCAUUCCCCGAGCCAAUAUGUCGAUGGUCUUCGUGGUCCCCUGAUAGUUGAUGAUCCCCAUUCUCCCUACACUGCCAAAUGUGAUGCCGAGUUGGUCAUGACUGUCUCUGAUUGGUACCAUGAACAAGGAGCAACACUGCAACAAUACUACCUCUCGCUACCAGGGAAUCCAAACGCACUUGAACCAAUUCCUGUUUCUGCUCUAAUGAGUGACCAAGAAAGGCCGACCUUUCCUGUUGAAGCGAAUAAGACUUACUAUCUGAGAAUUAUUAAUAUGUCAGGAUUCGCCCAAUUCUACUUUCAUAUUGAUGGUCACAAUAUGUCCAUUAUUGAGGCAGAUGGCGUCUAUUCUGUUGCUCAGCCAGUUGAAGAUCUAUACAUUGCAACUGGUCAGCGUUACGGUGUCCUCCUAAAGACAAAACCAACUGCAGAUCGGAACUUCGCAAUUCUGGGAGCAAUGGACCUCAAAGGGUUUCCAGGAUCUGCACCCCCGCCACCCCAUCCAAAUGUGACAGGAGCACUGAUUUAUAACCGUCAUCUCCCAUUUCCUUCGACGCCGUCUGUGGAGACUUUUACGACAUUUGAUGACUUCUGUCUAGUUCCAUUUGACCAAAUUCCUUUACUCGGACCGCCUGAUCAACAAAUCGUUCUCAACUUGAGUACAUUCUCCCAGCUGGUCCCAGGAAACGAACAAAAUCGUGCGGGCUUCAAUAAUAUUACCUUCAUACCACAGAAGGUCCCAUCUCUAUACACUGCUCUGUCAGGUCACCAGUAUGCUCUGAAUCCUAUUGUCUAUGGAAAUCAUUCAAAUCCCUUUGUUCUUAAGCCAGUGGUGCUUAAAAAGGGCGAGGUUGUUGAAAUAGUCGUGUACAACUAUGAUACUGGAAUACAUCCGAUUCAUCUUCACGGCCACACUGUUCAACUAGUGGGUCGCACCAAUAGCACCUGCAACAAUAGUCCUAUCCCAAUGAGGCGUGAUACGUGGAUGGAGCCGCGCUGGAAUUCGUCAGACACGAACCAUCCCUCCACCACGAUCCGGUUUCAAGCAGAUAACCCAGGGGUAUGGUUUUUCCAUUGCCAUAUGGAGUGGCAUUUGGUGGCGGGAAUGGAUGUUAUCUUUGUCGAAGACCCAUUGGCUAUUCAGAACGCACAGCCAAAUAUCCCAACUUCAAUGGAGGAAAUUUGCAAGAAGCAGAACAUACCACUCAAAGGCAAUGCGGCUGGGAAUUAUCCGGACUUUUUGAACCUCACAGGAGAGGUAGAUAUAGCUCCGAUGGAAUGCGGGGCUGCUUAUCCUCCGUGUGUGGAUGAGUCGUGA